CUCAUUUCCCUCACAUCCACCGUCAGAUACCAUGGAUAUUUCGUUUGCGUUGACGGGAAAGGGCUAUGUGAUUGUCGCAGCGGACACGACCGCGGCGCGUUCUAUCGUGAAGAUGAAGACGGACGAGGACAAGAUCAAGGUCCUCAGCCCGCACCUCCUUAUGGCGUUUUCGGGCGAGCCAGGCGACACGCUGCAAUUCGCUGAAUAUGUCGAGCGGAACAUCCGCUUGUACCAGAUCCGCAACACAUACGCUCUCCGCCCUCCCUCCGCUGCCUCGUGGAUCCGCCGCUCGCUAGCCGACUCGCUUCGCUCUCGCAGGCCAUAUGCGGUCAACCUGCUCAUUGGCGGAUAUGACACGAGCACGAGCACACCACACCUCUAUUGGGUAGACUACCUCGGCACCCUCUCGCCCGUGCCAUUUGGUGCGCACGGCUAUGGAAGCUAUUUCGGGCUCAGUUUGCUCGACAGAUAUCACGACCCGGAGGCGACCCUCGAGGAAGGACUCGACACCCUUCGACGAUGCAUUGACGAGGUGUCGAAACGACUAGUUGUCUCCCCGGGAAAAUAUAAGGUGAAAAUAGUGGACAAGGACGGUGUGCGGGAGAUCGAGCUCUAGCGAACCUCAUGUUACAUUGUUUGCCGUGUGUAUGCAUGUAGGAUGCAUACAACUGUAUGAUAUGUGAGUGAAUGCCUGA